CUGGUUUUUAAUUGGACAACAUGGCGACCUUGUGUAAAGUUGUGUCCAGGUGUGGGGUCCGGUUUACCCCUUUCAGGUUCAUCCGGAGCUCCUUCAGCUCGGAUUCCAGCGGGGCCUCCGGCAGUGAUCAGCCCGCCUCUCAGGCACCCAGGUCCGGCUUCGCUGCCGCCUUCGACGUGCAGUCGGAGCUCCGGCGGGAGGCUGCGGGCUCCGCGGCCGGACGCAGAGGCUCCUCCCCCGGUAAGGACGAGAGCUUCGCCUCGCUGCUCCGCCGGUCCCCGCUCAUGCAGAUGGGUCCGGCUAAAGACAGGGUGGUGGUCGGGAGGAUCUACCACGUGGUCAAGGACGACCUGUACGUAGACUUUGGCGGGAAGUUCCACUGUGUGGUCCGCAGGCCGGAGGACGGAGAGAAGCUGCAGCGGGGCAGCAGGGUCCGUCUGCGGCUGCAGGAUGUGGAGCUCACCUCCCGCUUCCUGGGAGCCUCCGUGGACACCACGCUGCUGGAGGCCCAGGCUGUCCUGCUGGGUCCGCUGGAGGUGAGGCAGAGCCAGGACUGACCGGGACAGACUGUCAGAGAGGACUGAGGCUUAAAACAGACGAUUUUUAAACGGAGUUUGGCAGGAAGCAAACUGGAGGAAUAAACCUGAACGUUUCUGUCCGUGUUCCUCUGGAAGAAACAAACCUGUGAGACUGAUUCUGAGUCUUUGAACCCCAAACUGUACAGGAAGUUAAAUGAAUCAGCAGAGUGAGAGAAACAUAAUAAAUAUCAUAUCAACAACC